GUCUUUUCCCUCCUCUUCUUCUUCUUCUCCUUUCUUGUCGCCUCCUCGCAAUCAACUCCCUUUCUUCCUCGUAUGAAUUCUUUCCCUCACUACUGCUAUCUGUAAGACUUGGGAAUGGUGGUUGCUAGUCUCCUGGACUAGAGAUCCAGCAGAUUCGUACAAAUCAGCUCUUCUUACAAGCUUCCCAAUCAUUCAACUCACUAUCUUCGCUUUCCGCCUUCAUCACCUCAAAACACCGCAGACACAUUCUGACGAUGUCAUCAUUUCCCUUGAAGCCUCUGGUCAGGCCCAGGGACGAUGACGGCCUACAACUGAGCUACCAACUCCCUCACCGUGUCCAUACGGCAGCCGGAUACCCUCUUCUUGCCCCCAACGGCUCAUCAAUCAUUGUCUACGGUUAUGAAACGGGUUUGAGGGUGGUUUGGCGAGGAGGCAAGCCCUUCGCUACUGAGGAAGCUCCUGCUGCUCAAGCCGACAAGGCGCAAAAGACCGCUCCACCUCCCAGCGAUGAUGCUAUCAUGAUCAUUGAUUCCGACGACGAGAGCGUUGCAGAGCUUCAGUCGUCGGUCUCCAAAGAAGAACCCAAAGUCCAAUUCGAGCAAGAAGAGCCAGAGGUCGAUCCCGCUUAUCCUUACGAAAGCAUACUACGCCAGGUCGACAUCCCCCUGGGAAGCAGGGUUCUUCAUCUGGCGGUACCACACAUUCUACCCGAGACAGCUCGCUCAUCGCUUGACCCAUUCCCUCCUACUCUCAAGGAGCUCGUUGUGGUUGCUGCCGUCUGUGCAGACUACUCUACGCGAGUGGUGACCAUACCUUUGACCCCCCCUCAUCCUAGCCAAACCAAGAUCAACUUUCAGACCAUCGAUAUUAGUGGUGGGGUAUCUCACCAAGAGCUCCCCCGUGGUGUCAGCGUCACGUUCACGUACCAGGAGACCGAGAAAAAGGAGCCGAAUUUGUCCCGCAGCCAGCAGUCUGCUUCUGGACGGUGGGACAUGCUUGUCGCAACUCAUUCCGCAGAGUCGGCGGGGCUGCUACUGGUUCACCGGAUCCCAAUUGCAGAAGGGCAUCAGCUCUGCGGCGAUGCGAUUGAGACUAAGCGACGAUAUCUCCCGGCCCCGGCCACGAACAUCUCGUUCAACCCAUCGGGAUACCCCGCCCCACGUCAUUCCACACUGCUCGUCGCUUUUCACAGCGGCUGUAUCAAAGUGUACUCAUGUUUCGCUACCAAGCAAGCGAGAGCCUCUCGCAGGUCCUCCGGCAUGCAGACCGACCUGGAGACAUCCCAGACAGAAGGAAACUGGCUUAUCAGUCUUUAUCCGGGGUUCGAGCAGAGCGUUUCGGGACCUGCGCAGCGUAAGACUGUAAUUAGCGCUGAAUGGGUACUUGGAGGACGAGCCAUUAUGGUCUUGAUGUCAGACGGAGAGUGGGGGGUGUGGGACAUUGAAGGAGCCGGCCCAGGAAAUAUCAAGGGACCGCUUCAGCGUCAAUCCAGUAUACAGGGUGUAACCGGCGGCUCUAUGACCAAUUUCUCCGUCAGCGGUCGCCUUCUGAGCCCACUUCCUAGCGCUCAUCACGCAGAGACUGGUGGAGGUUCCUUCGAGCAUCGGCCUAAAUUCGCGCCUCUCACACCCGCGACCAAACGUCUACGAGAGGACACGUUGUUGAAGGGUGGCUCGACCGGCAUCACCAGCUCUUCACUGUCUGGAGGCAUUUCGGUGUAUCAAACGAAUGCGUGGAAGGACCCCAUGCCGGAUGAGGCUGUUCUGCUACGACACGGCAACCAGGCCGCCGUCAUUCCUAGUCUGUUGUCUUUGUGGCGCAACGCGAUCAAGGCCAGUGGCACGUUCGAUUCUUCCAACCGCUGCCGGGUGUCCACCCUUCAGGACGUCAGCCUGAUGGGCGAGCGCCUGAAAGGGAUUGGCCAUCUUCCAGUGAAUCCGAGCCGAACCCGCGGCGCUGACCAGCAGCCAUUCGACUUGAUUCUCACGGCGGAGCAUCGCGUCAUGAUUCUUUCGCCUAGACUGGUUGAGCCCGAGCAUAUGCCAGUCGGGGCGAUGUCUGUGGCAAGGCCCACGGCCACCUUUGAGACCGACCAGCAACGUCUACGUCAAGGUGAACUGGACGUGGACGGGAUGGACCGAGUUUUGAGCGGCAUGGCGAGCGCCAAACGGUCGAUCGGCAUGGGCAGCCCCAUUAAGCGACUUCGCAACUUUGCUUGAAAAGAAGAUGAAACAAUUCAUCUGAGUCGGCUGCAUUGGAAGCCAACGAAGCAUACAUUGUCUGUGACUCCCUCGGAAGCACCUCUGGCCCGGAGUCGGAAUCCGGACAGCGCCAUUCUCAUCCUGUGAAAUGUGUCAAGCAGAUAGGAUGACCAAGAUACCCAAUACUUAC